AUGAACUCUCAGCGCGUUACGAACGAACUGCUCGACAAGCGCGGGGCGCGAUACAUUUCACGGCAGAACCUGCCCAUGCCCGGCGACGUUGCCUCUGGCGGCAAACGCGUCGUCUUCAUGCCGUACGGCAACCUUUGGAAGUGGGAGCGAAAGGUCAUCCAUGAGACUAUUGGCCCUGGAAAUCGUAACGUGUUUGCCCCUCUGCAAGAUGUUGAGUCGCGAGCGCUGCUCUACCUGUACCUUGCCGAGCCGGAUCUGUGGAACCAGGCUCACGCUCGAUAUGCCAGCUCCCUGAUCAUGAGCAUGGUGUUUGGCCGAAGGACCAAGUUGGGAGACCCAAAUAUCGAUAGGAUCAUUGACACCAAUAACGAGAUCAUGAAGAUCUUCAAACCCGGCUCCAACUUGAUCGAUUCUUUUCCGUUCCUGGCGUCUACCGGUAUUCCCCUCCCGCGCUCAAUUCAGCCAUGGAGGAACUUCGCUGAAGAGUUUGAGGGUCUCGCCGAGCGGCAGCGGCAGGGCAAGGAUGUGACUUGCUUCGUUUCCGAGUUCCAGAGGCUCGGCAGAGACAAGACGCUUGGCUAUGAGUCGACGGACGACUCUUUCGAAGGGUAUAACCUCCCAGCCGGGACCAAUGUCAUCUGGAAUAGCUGGGGCGUGCACAUGGAUGCAUCCGAGUACGAGCAGCCGGAAAGAUUCUGGCCCGAGAGGUUCCUGAACGAGGACCUAGACAAGCCGAUCAAGGGGCAUUUGGCUUUUGGAGCAGGCCGCCGAGUAUGUCCCGGAUGGGUCAUCGCCAGCAACAGCCUUCACUUGUUGAUCGCGCGUGUCAUGUACUGCUUCGACUUCCACACAGUUCCAGGACAUCUGAUCCCGGUUGGAAGGCCGUUUGAGAUCGGAACAGAGAAGCCGUACGAGGUAAAGGUCACAGUUCGAAGUCCGGCUCACGCGGCCCUCGUCCGGAGGGAGUGCUCGGAGGCAGCAAACAUCGAGUAG